UUCCUAUAAAUCGCUACCAUUUCGCGAAAGAAGCGCUUCGACACUGCAAUUGACUGCAAUUGUAGUUGUCGAUUGCGUCUUCUUGCGCGUAGAAGUCGUCGUAGUACUAAAUAAAGUUGCUUUUUUCGGUGAUAGAAGAAUGCUAAUAUUGUGAUCGUCGCGACGUCGACCUUACGUGCCUCUCUAUCGCUCGACCGACAUCCUGUUCGCAAAAUCAUGUGUUUUGUGUGCACGUAGCACCACACGCGAAUCUCACCGAUUAUUGCCAUUCGAUUGCUGGAAAAAACGGAUUUUGUGGUACUUCCUCUAAUUGUGUCCUGCAGGAGGCAGAAAAAUCGAAACUUCCUCGUGCCAGAGGGCUGAGCCUGCCCUUCUCCUAUCAAAAAGAACCUCGAAAGAUGAGUAGGACAAGAGAACAAGCGGGUCCGUCUAAGCCGUCGGGCUCCGCGGAGGAAAAGGAGAAGGAUGACAGGAUGUUUGAGUGUAAUAUCUGUCUGGACACCGCAAAAGAUGCGGUAGUUAGUAUGUGCGGUCAUUUAUUCUGUUGGCCGUGUCUGCAUCAGUGGUUAGAGACCAGACCGACUAGACAGGUGUGUCCAGUGUGUAAAGCUGCCAUAAGCAAAGAUAAAGUCAUUCCAUUGUAUGGACGUGGGGCCACAAAGCAUGAGGAUCCAAGGAAUAAUGUGCCACCACGCCCAGCUGGCCAGAGAUCGGAGCCAGAAGCUAACGUUGGUUUCUCCGGUUUCGGUUUCGGCGACGGUUCCUAUAUGUCAUUUGGAAUCGGCACUUUUCCAUUUGCUUUCUUCACGUCGACUUUUAAUUUCGGAGAAACGCGGCCUAGCGCAGCUCCCAGAGGCACGCCACAAUACGACGAAGAGCAGUUCUUAUCUAAGGUAUUUUUGUGGUUAGCAAUACUAUUCAUCUGUUGGCUACUGAUGGCGUAACGCUGUUCCUAAAUUAUAUACCAGUCUACCCUGCAACGUGCAAUACUUUGCUUUAUUUAUAAUAUUUUGUUGGUCUAUGAUAAUCGUAACAAUUACAUUAGUUUUCGUAAAUUCUCCUUGAAAAAAAAAAUAUAUAAAUUUAUUUUUUAUGUCUGCGUGAAUCCAUAACAUUAAAAUGUUACAUCUCAUUUUCGCUGCUAAAAAGAAAUAACAGAUCAAGCGUUUUUAUCUUGCAAAUUUUUUUUACACAAUUUUGUCUGCAUUUGCGUUUGAUUUCUCUCCGAUUUAGACAGCUCUGAUAUUUCUUAAUAUUGCACACACACACAUAUAUAUAUAUGUAUAUGUGUAUAUUCAUAUAUAUUAUAUAUAAAAAUAUAUAUUAUUAUAUAUUUCAUAUAUAUCAUAUAUAAUAUAUAUAAAUAUAUAUUAUUUCCAUAGAGAGAAGAGCGCGUAAGCUGCCCAACAUAUUUAAAACAUAACGAUAUGUAAUUAAGGCUAUGUUUCCUUAUUACAGUCAUAUUAAAUUGACAGAAGAGAAAUUAUAAAAUUUUUUUGCAUUAAAAUAAAUACAUUUCUUCGUACACUCCCAUUUAUGUUAAUAUAGAAACUAUACAAAACACCCUUUUCUAUUAAAGAAUAUAGAAUUCCUUUAUGGAAAUCUAUGUAGAAUUCUAUCUACAUGCGUCACAAACAUUCCCAGUAAAAAUGGAUUUCGUAACGUGCGAAAAAAAUUUAUUUUGAUGUUAGUGUAAAAAAAAAUUAAUAUGAUUUCUCGCUUCUGACGGCGCAGUUCAAUAUGAUUUCAACGAGGGACUAGCUUUAAACGAGAAUACAGAGAAAGAGAGAAUACUAAUGUAUAUCGUUAAAAUAGAUUGUGCGGUUUUUUGGGAAAAACCGCAUUUGAACAGUGUAUAUAUAAUCUAGAUUUUAAGUUAAGUUACUACGUAUGCUUUUGAUGCCUUGUAAUAUAACGCGAUGUAAAAAUUUAAUUUUCUGAGAAUAUCAGCUUUUUAAUUCAGUGAUCUGAAUUUUUAUUUUUCUUUGCUGCGAUUCCGCGUAUAUCAAUUUCCAUAAGGGUUUUGUCAAUGGUAAAUUGAAUUAUGCCCGUUUUAACUAUAUUUUAUUAGAAAACAUUAGCAGAAAUGUGCUCCUUACAUAUUUUCUUUCAUAUUUUUAAUUUUCAAGAAAUAAAAUGAAGAUAAUUUAC